AUGCCAAACAAGAUCAGAGACGACCUCUAUAAGGCGGAUUACACUUCCUUCCCGUACAUCUUUGAAGAGAAUGUGACUAUCAAGCUUAAGAGCUUCGAAGGAUUGGUCCGGUGCAACAUCUACCGGCCAAAAACGCCCCAGAAGGUGCCCGUUCUCGUGACUUACGGGCCUUACGGCAAAGACAUCCAUUUGAAAAUGUUCCAUCCAGCGUCAUUUGCCGAGCUUAAUUCCAAACACAAGUCUGCGCACACAUCGUUUGAAACUCCAGACCCAGGGUUCUGGACCGCCCAUGGCUACGCCGUUCUCCGAGCGGACGAGGUCGGGCUAGGCCAGUCUCCCGGCAUCCUGGACACCAUGUCCCAGAGGACAUCGGACGCCUUUGCUGAUGUGAUCGAGUGGGCUGCCGAGCAGCCCUGGUCCAACUCCAAGGUCGCAUUGACAGGCAUCAGCUACUUCGCUGGCAGCCAGUGGAGGGUAGCCGCGCGGCGCCCCAAAGGGUUGGUCGCCAUCUGCCCCACGGACGGAAUGGCCGACUACUACCGUGAUCGUUGUCGUCACGGUGGGAUCCUGACAGGCUUCCUGUCGCGUUGGUUCAACAAUUCGGUGCUCUCCAAUCAAUAUGGAUUGCCAGGCAAGGCGCAGCGGAACUGGGGUCCCGAUUCACUGGAGGGCGACCUGUCCGCAGAAGAACUGGCUCGGAAUCGUCACGACCAGGUUGUCGACAACGCGAAACACUUUUACCGCGACGACAUGUACUACGCGUCGCGCGACUACAGUCUGGAAGACAUCGAGGUCCCGAUUCUGUCCUUUGCCAAUCUGGGAAGUAUCAUGAUCCAUUUCCGCGGGAACUACGAGGGAUUCCGCCUGGCGAGCUCCCGACACAAGUUCAUCCGUUUCAUCACCGGACGCCACGACCUGCCCUUCUACGACGAUGAACACGUCGAAGUCCAAAAGAGCUUUCUGGACGCCUUUUGCAAGGAUGACGAUCGCGACGGCUGGACAGACGGGACACGGCCGCCUGUCGACUUGGUGUUGCGCAGAGGGAACGUCGGGUACAACAACCCCUCCGCAGAAAAGGCCUUCGAACGGCGCUUCGAACAUGAAUGGCCGCUGGCCCGGACUCGGUACACAAAGUUCUAUCUGACGCCAGAUAGCCGCUUGGACCAGGUGGAACCGACGGUGCACUAUGACAGAGUAUCUUAUCGGGCGCUCGGGAACUUGGACAGUCCCCAAGCGGUGAACUUCAGCACCGAUCGACUACAAGCAGAGACCGAGGUCACUGGGUACAUUGUUGCCCACCUCAAUGUCUCGGUCACUCCUCUUCCCGGGGGAACCAUCCCCACCGACAUCGACCUCUUCCUGACGCUUCGCCACUUUGCUGCCGAUGGGACCGAGGUUUACUACACCGGAAUCACGGGAGAGCCAGUGCCGCUGUGUAAGGGCUGGCAGAGGAUGAGCCUGAGGAAAGUGAACCCAGAGCAUCCGCGACACCGUCCUUGGCUGCCUCACCGCGACUAUUUCUCGUCCGAUGUCCUGCCCGUCAUCCCCGGAGAGAUCUAUCCUGUGGACGUUGAGGUUUGGGUCACCUCUGUCGUCGCCGAGAAAGAUGACCGCUUUGUGUUCGAGGUCGCGAGCGGUGAUACCCAGGGCAGCGGUUUGUUUGGCCACGAUACGCCUGAGCGGUCUGCAGAGAAGCUUGCCGGGUUGAACCACAUCCAUUUCAGCCCCAGCUACCUCAACUGGAUAAGCUUGCCAAUUAUACCGGCAGCGUAA